AUGGCCCAAGUGCCCAGAUUCUCCGCUGACCAGGUGGAGGAGGCCAACACCCGCUUCUCCACCAUCUUCAAGGAGCACCAGAGCCUUGACAAGGGGCAGAAGAAGAAGAGCGAGCACAAGCACGUGCCGCCCAGGACGCAGCUGGAUCGCUGGCAACGAUCCCUGACCCUCCAGGCGAGAGGGCAGCAAGACCUCUUCGACGGAGCCGGAGAGCGCCACUGGGCGAGGAGGAACCUCGGCCUCAACCCCAACGGCCGCGUCGUCUGGAAGCCCACGCGCGGCGAGGAGCUCCGGACCGCCAGGAGGGGCACCAAGAAGGUGGUGCCGCACAUGCAGAUCGUCUGCAUGGAGGAGUGGGGCGCGCGCCUCCUCGACGCCCACGUCGCCGCCUCUGGCGCCCACAGAGGCCGCGACAGCACCUACAACUGGGCUCGUGAUCCAGAGAGGGGCGUCAGGGACCCCGCCAACGAGUCCCGGCCGAGCGACCGGUUCGUGAAGCCUCCUAUGAAGGAGGUCAUCAUGGACUUCAUCAAGCACUGCCCGGAGUGCAGCAGCAGGGGCGCUGCCCACACCACCACCACCGCCGCUCCUGCCGUCGUUCCCGACGCUCCUCUCGCCGCCCCUCUCGUCCCGGCUCCCGCUCCCGCCGCCGCCGCCAUUCCCGCCGCCGCCAUCCCCGCUCCCGCCGCCGCCACCGCCCCUCUCGCCUCCUCCUCCUCCUCCUCCUUCUGCUUCCCCUCACCCUCCUCCUCCUCCUUCUUCUUCCCCCCCUCCGCCCCCGCCGCCGCCGCCGCCGGCCAGCCUGCCGGCUUCGUCCAGUUCCAGGACGAAGCGUCCGCAAUUCCAGACCGGGAUUUCCUGGCCUGGAACCAGGCCCGCACCCAGGAUCUUUUCCUCCUCCCCGCCUUCGACAACAUCGAAGGUCGCUACACCGCUGAGGACUACUUCAACCUCGCGGAUGACGCGUUCUUCCUGAACGAAGGUUGGGAGUAA